CCGGGGCCGUCAAUAGGUGGACCCCUCCCGGAGAAAUAAAACUGCCUGAUCCGGAGCCGCCAGCCCCUGCUGUCUGAGAGCUCGGCUGCAGACUUCCUUGCACUCACGGCAGUGUCACCCCCAAGAGGAUGGGGAAAGAGAAGACACACAUCAACAUCGUGGUCAUUGGCCACGUGGACUCUGGCAAGUCCACGACCACUGGCCACCUGAUCUACAAGUGUGGAGGCAUCGACAAAAGGACGAUAGAGAAGUUUGAGAAGGAAGCAGCUGAGAUGGGAAAAGGUUCCUUUAAGUACGCUUGGGUUUUGGACAAACUGAAGGCUGAGAGGGAGCGAGGAAUCACCAUUGAUAUCUCCCUGUGGAAGUUUGAGACAAACAAAUAUUAUAUCACCAUCAUUGAUGCACCAGGACAUAGAGACUUUAUCAAGAAUAUGAUCACUGGAACCUCUCAGGCAGACUGUGCAGUGCUGAUAGUGGCCGCUGGAGUGGGUGAGUUUGAAGCUGGCAUCUCCAAGAAUGGACAGACUCGUGAACAUGCCCUCCUGGCUUACACACUUGGAGUCAAACAGCUCAUCGUGGGAAUCAAUAAAAUGGACUCCACUGAGCCUCCCUACAGUGAGAAACGUUAUGAUGAGAUUGUCAAGGAGGUCAGCGCCUACAUCAAGAAGAUUGGUUACAACCCAGCUACUGUCCCCUUCGUACCUAUUUCUGGCUGGCAUGGAGAUAACAUGUUGGAACCCUCUCCCAAUAUGCCAUGGUUCAAGGGAUGGAAAGUGGAGAGGAAGGAAGGCAAUGCCAGUGGAGUUUCCCUGCUUGAGGCUUUGGACACCAUCCUUCCUCCAUCUCGCCCAACAGACAAACCUCUCCGUCUUCCCCUGCAAGAUGUCUAUAAAAUUGGAGGUAUCGGCACUGUUCCAGUAGGUCGAGUAGAGACUGGCAUUCUAAAGCCAGGCAUGGUGGUGACCUUUGCUCCAGUCAAUAUCACAACUGAGGUAAAGUCUGUUGAGAUGCAUCAUGAGGCUCUGAGUGAGGCUCUGCCUGGGGAUAAUGUUGGCUUCAAUGUCAAGAAUGUGUCGGUCAAGGACAUUCGCAGAGGCAAUGUUUGUGGAGACAGCAAGAGUGACCCUCCCCAAGAAGCUGCAGGUUUCACUUCUCAGGUGAUCAUCUUGAACCACCCUGGUCAGAUAAGUGCUGGAUAUUCCCCAGUCAUUGACUGCCAUACUGCACAUAUCGCCUGUAAGUUUGCAGAGCUCAAAGAGAAGAUUGAUCGCCGAUCUGGCAAGAAGCUUGAGGACAACCCCAAGUCCCUGAAAUCUGGAGAUGCUGCCAUUGUGGAGAUGAUUCCUGGGAAGCCUAUGUGUGUGGAGAGCUUCUCCCAGUACCCACCUCUUGGGCGCUUUGCUGUGAGAGAUAUGAGGCAGACUGUAGCGGUGGGAGUCAUUAAGAACGUGGAGAAGAAAAGCGGAGGAGCCGGCAAGGUGACCAAGUCUGCACAGAAAGCCCAGAAGGCUGGAAAAUGAAUUGCCGGUUCCCUUCGCCUGGCGCACAAGCCUUGCCCCUCUGAGAAGGUCCAUCCUCUUCCUUUUGAGGUGCACGCGAGCCCAUCUGCUUGUAAAAGCCUGUACGUCAACGACUGGAUGCUCACCAUUAAAGUCCAGUGGAAGUUCUUUAAAAGGAAAAGCAUGCUCCUGCUCUGUAAUCUUUAGUGUCCAUUUUACCAAUUAAACUUGUGCAACAUU